GACGCCGGCCUGGCUCGGAUGCUCGGACGCCGCCGCCCGCGCUGAAGGACCCCGCUAGCACGGGCGAGGAGGUACCAAGCUCUCCUGAUGAAAUGUGUUCUGCCCCACUGGGCUCUGGGGGCAGUGUCUGGUGCUGUUGAUGCCCUUGUUCGAACUUUCCAGAAUGGAUAGUCCCCCCAAGCUGACUGGAGAAACCCUCAUCGUCCACCACAUCCCCCUGGUGCACUGUCAGGUUCCAGACCGGCAGUGCUGUGGUGGGGUAAGUGGUGCAAGUGGGGGCACAAGACCCCAUGCUUUCUGUCCACCCGAGCUGGGCAUCGCCCAAACUGAUCAGGACCUGAGCCAGGCUGACUCCCUGCUCUACAGCAGCCUUCACACAGCUCCAGGUGGAUCCGCACACUCUGCAGACAGCGCCAAGAGCAGGGCUCGGGAUGGAAGAGGCACCGGGGGUCCCAGACGGCACAAUCCCUUCUUGCUGCAGGACAGUGUGACAGAGCCAGGCCUUGAGGAACUGUAUGAUGACAGCAUGGCUGAUGGUGACGCUCAGCAGUCCUUUCACCUGCAUGAGACUGGCCAGCCCCCCUUCCAUCUUUCCUCUUUCCAGUUGCCACCAUCUGGCUCCAGAGUGGGAAAGCCCUGGGGGGCAACGCACAGUCGGGCAGGUAUAGUGGAAGGCCAGGAGCAGGAGCCAGUGGCCACUUUGAAUGCCCAACGAUUCGGUACUAACCACUGCUGCCCGCCAGAGAUGGAUGCAGAGACCAUGGAGUUGGAUGAAUGUGGAGGACCUGGUGGAAGUGGCAGUGGCGGUGGAACCAGUGACACCUCUGGCUUUUUUGAGCAGGAAUGGAAGCUCAGUUCCGAUGAAUCCCCAAGAAACCCCAGAUACUCGGGCUCAGGGCCCCAGCACUGCCGCUGCAGUAGCACAUCCAGUCAAUCAGAAGCAGCUGACCAGUCCAUGGGCUAUGUGAGUGACUCCUCCUGCAACAGCUCCGAUGGGGUGCUGGUCACCUUCAGCACCCUCUACAAUAAGAUGCACAGCAGCUCCCGGGCCAAUCUCAACUCUGCCCCCCAGUCCUGCAGUGACUCCUCCUUCUGCAGCCACUCUGACCCUGGCGCCUUCUACCUUGACCUGCAGCCCUCCCCAGCAGAGUCGAAGAUGUCUUGUGAGUCCCACCACCCUGACAGUGGAGGAAGGGAAGGCAGCUACGGCUGUCCUCAUGCCUCAUCUCCUGAGCUCGAUGCCAACUGUAACUCCUACCGCCCACACUGUGAGCCUUGCCCAGCUGUGGCUGACCUCACCGCCUGUUUCCAGAGCCAGGCCCGUCUGGUUGUGGCCACACAAAAUUACUAUAAACUUGUCACUUGUGACCUGUCCUCCCAAUCUUCCCCAAGUCCAGCAGGCUCUUCCAUCACCAGCUGCUCUGAGGAACACACCAAGAUUAGUCCACCAUCCGGCCCUGGCCCAGUCCCAACCCCGGACCCUAGCCAGCCCUCUGAGUAUUACCUAUUCCAGAAGCCAGAAGCCCCGCAAGAGCAACAGGAAGCAAUGGGAUCCAUGGCCGAAACAGCAGCUCCUGUGAGCCCAACAAUAAUUGAGGGACAAGUAUACACCAAUACGUCACCCCCUAACCUUAGCACCGGGCGGCAGCGCUCGCGAAGCUAUGAUCGUAGCCUUGAACGCAGUUCUCCAGUUCGCCUGGGCUCACUGGAACGCAUGUUGAGUUGCCCUGUGCGCCUAAGUGAGGGCCCUGCCACCCUGUCAGGGCCUGGCUCCCCACCCAGGCGAGUCACCUCCUUUGCUGAACUUGCAAAGGGUCGGAAGAAAGCUGCAGGAUCUGGUUCCCCGCCACUUCGAGUGAGCAUCGGGGACUCCUCCCAGGAGUUCUCACCUAUCCAGGAAACCCGCCACGAUAAAGUGGCCCCGCUGGAUGAGGGCCCUCAUUGUAGCCAUAGUCUGCCCCCCAUGCCCUUGGGGCCAAGCAUGGACCUAGUCAGCCAAGACCCUUGGGCCAUCCAGGUAUGUCAGGGACCCCAGUCCAAUGACUUUUCAUCUGAUGGCAUCAGAGCUACUGAACAAGAUCCCCUGGGCCCACUGUUGGAUCCAGAGCCUGUUCGACCAGGAUGCCCAGCCAACAGCCAUACUCAGAGGGAUGCACGAGCUAGAGCUGACGGAGGCGGUGCUGAGAGCAGACCAGUCCUUCGCUACAGCAAGGAGCAGAGGCCGACCACGCUGCCCAUCCAGCCCUUUGUGUUCCAGCACCACUUCCCCAAGCAGCUGGCCAAGGCCCGGGCCCUUCACAGCCUGUCCCAGCUCUAUAGCCUCUCGGGCUGCAACCGUACACAGCAGCCAGCCCCUCUGGCUGCUCAAGCCCAGGCCCCCAUAUCUUUAGGAGACGCCCAGGGCCCUACCACCCGAGAAACCAGGAAAGCUGGGCCUGAGCCAGAAACUUCCCGGCCAUCCCCUCUGGGCAGCUAUUCCCCCAUCCGGAGUGUGGGCCCCUUUGGACACAGCACCGACUCAUCUGCUUCCACUUCGUGCUCACCUCCCCCUGAGCAAGGCACAGUUUCAGAAAGCCCCCCACCAUGGAGCCACUCCUGUCCUGUCCGGCCAGCUACCACGCAGCUGCCACAGAAAGAGGAACAGAAGAUUCUGACCUUGACUGAGUACCGGCUCCAUGGACCGGGUAGCUUGCCACCAUUGGGCGCCUGGAGAUCUACCCUCGGCCGAGCAGAGAGCCUGGCCCGGGCAGGUAGCGAGAGCAACAUGGCCUCCAGGCCCAGUAAUGCCAACCACCUAUCGCCUCAAGCACUCAAGUGGCGGGAAUACCGGAGAAAGAAUCCACUCGGACCCUCCAGUCUGUCUGGGAGCCUUGAUCGGAGGCCACAGGAAGCGCGGCUGGCCCGGAGGAACCCCAUAUUUGAGUUCCCUGGUUCCCUCAGUGCUGGCCACCUAAACUGCCGAUUGAAUGGUCAGAUAGGAAAGCCAUUGCCACUGACUUGCCCUGACUUCCAGGAUCCCUUUUCCCUGACUGAGAAGCCCCCAGCUGAAUUCUGUCUGUCCCCAGAUGGCAACUCAGAGGCUAUUUCCAUUGACUUGCUCCAGAAAAAAGGGUUGGUGAAAGCUGUCAACACUGCAGUGGACCUCAUUGUGGCACAUUUUGGCACCAGCCGGGACCCUGGGGUGAAGGCUAAGCUGGGGAACAGUUCUGUGAGCCCCAAUGUCGGCCACCUGGUCCUGAAGUAUCUAUGCCCUGCAGUCCGUGCCGUCCUGGAGGACGGGCUAAAGGCAUUUGUGCUUGAUGUCAUCAUUGGGCAGCGAAAGAAUAUGCCAUGGAGCGUUGUUGAGGCAUCCACACAAUUGGGCCCAUCCACAAAAGUCCUCCAUGGCCUGUACAACAAGGUCAGCCAGUUUCCAGAGCUCACCAGCCAUACCAUGCGCUUUGAUGCCUUCAUCCUGGGCCUGCUCAACAUCCGGUCCCUGGAAUUCUGGUUUAAUCACCUCUAUAACCAUGAAGAUAUCAUCCAGACCCAUUACCAGCCCUGGGGUUUCCUGAGUGCUGCGCACACCGUGUGCCCUGGCCUCUUUGAGGAGCUGCUGUUGCUGCUGCAGCCUCUGGCCCUGCUGCCCUUCAGCCUCGACCUGUUGUUCCAGCACCAGCUGCUACAGAGUGGGCGGCAGCAGCGGCAGCACAAGGAGCUGCUGCGGGAGUCCCAGGACCUGCUGCUGUCUGCACACUCCACGCUGCAGCUGGCCCGUGCCCGAGGCCCGGAGGGUCCUGGAGACAUGGAUCAGGCUGGCGAUGGGGAGCGGGUGAAGGGGGUGGGUGCCUCCGAAGGUGGAGAAGAUGAAGAGGAAGAGGAAGAGACAGAGGAGGCAGUGGUGGCUGCAGAGGUCUCAGAUCGUGGAAGGGGGACCCGAGGCGGGCAGACAGGCUGGUGGUACCAGCUCAUGCAGAGUUCCCAAGUCUACAUCGAAGGCUCCACAGAAGGUUCUAGGUUCCCCCGUGGGGGCAGCAAUAGCAGCAGUGAAAAAAAGAAAAGCACAGGUAGUGGGGGACCACCGCCCCGAGAGGGAGUUGUGGAGGGAGCUGAGGCCUGCCCUGCCACUGAGGAGCCUCUUAGCCGGGACCGGGGUUGGCCCUUCUGGAUGGGGAGCCCCCCAGACUCGGUACUUGCUGAGCUGAGACGCAGCCGGGACCGGGAAGGGCCCCUGCCACCCCCAACAGGAACUGAGGAAGGAGCUUCAGAGUCUUCUGGGGGCAUCAAGUGGGGACACCUCUUUGGAUCUAGAAAGACUCAGCGUGAGGCCCGGCCUGCAAACAGGCUUCCCUCAAACUGGCUGAGCCUGGACAAGUCCAUAUUCCAGCGAAUGGCACAGACAGUGGGUGCCCGCCGGGAAACCCCAGAGCCCAGGGAGUGCCUGCAGGAGCCGCGUUCCCCAGCCCCACCUGCCAAGCCUCCCUGCGAGGUGAAGGCCCUGUGUCAUCAUCUGGCCACAGGCCCCGGACAGCUGAGCUUCCACAAGGGGGACGUCCUGCGGGUACUCGGCCCGGCUGGAGGAGACUGGCUGCGCUGCAGCCGGGGCCCUGACACUGGAUUGGUGCCACUGGCCUAUGUCACCUUGACCCCAACUCCAAGUCCAACCUCUGGAAGCAGCCAAAACUGAGGUCCUAUGCAUGCUGGUGACCUUGGGGAUCCUCAGACCCUCAGUCUCAUGGCCUGAGAGCCCUUCCCCGGCCUCUGGCUUACUCCAGAGAGCAGACGGGAGCAGGGGCUUAGUCCUGUACUCAGUAUUAAUUUUCCCUGUGACUGUCCCCAUGGCCUUGCCUGUCCCCUCAGCCAGGGAGGGACGGAAGGCACUCAGCACUGGGUGGUCAGGAUUCCCCAAUCGGGGGCCAGCACUUCUAGUGGUGCAAACAAGCGCCUCCUGACAAAGGUAGGGGACGUAAAGGCCUGUUUUCAAGGUCCCCUUGGCAAGGCGACAAGGUGGCAGGAGGAUGAAUGACAGUAUUAGGGCCAUAUUCCUCAGCCCUGGAGCUGUAAAUAGGUUGUGACCAGUGCCUGGUGGUCAGAAGAAGGAGGAAGAGCCCAGGCUUCUGUUUAUGUACUUAUUUAUUUAUUUAUUAUACCUAUUAAUAAAAAAGGUGCUUGGCCUCCA